AUGUCCAGUUUCUUUGAAGGUCUAAACACUGAUAGAGAUGUUAACACUGGUGAAGGUCUAAACACUGAUGAAGGUCUAAACACUGAUGGAGGUCUAAACACUAGUGGAGGUCUAAACACUGAUGAAGGUCUAAACACUGAUGUAGGUCUUAACACUAAUGGAGGGCUAAACACUGAUGGAGGUCUAAACACUGAUGGAGGUCUAAACACUGAUGAAGGUCUAAACACUGAUGGAGGUCUUAAUAUUAAUGGAGGUCUAAACACUGAUGGAGGUUUCAACACUGAUGGAGGUUUAAACAUUGAUGAAGGUCUAAACACUGAUGGAGGUCUAAACACUGAUGGAGGUCUAAAUACUGAUGGAGGUCUAAACACUGGUGAAGGUCUAAACACUGAUGGAGGUCUAAACACUGAUGGAGGGCUAAACACUGAUGGAGGUCUAAACACUGAUGGACGUCUAAACACUGAUGGAGGUCUAAACACUGGUGGAGGUCUAAACACUGAUGAAGGUCUAAACACUGAUGGAGGUCUUAACACUAAUGGAGGGCUAAACACUGAUGGAGGUCUAAACACUGAUGAAGGUCUAAACACUGAUGGAGGUCUUAAUACUAAUGGAGGUCUAAACACUGAUGGAGGUCUCAACACUGAUGGAGGUUUAAACAUUGAUGAAGGUCUAAACACUAAUGGAGGUCUAAAUACUGAUGGAGGUCUAAACACUGGUGAAGGUCUAAACACUGAUGAAGGUCUAAACACUGAUGGAGGUCUAAACACUGAUGGAGGUCUAAACACUUAUGAAGGUCUAAACACUAAUGGAGGGCUAAACACUGAUGGAGGUCUUAACACUGAUUGA